AUCUAACCUAAUUCAAUCUUAGUUAAACUUUGAGUUAAUAUAGUCUCCAUUGCCUUAACCUUGGCAGAGACAGUGGGUUUGGUCCUACAAAAUAUGCAUUACUUUUGUAAUUUUGAGCUAUUGAAAUCAUUUUGAGAUUUGAUGUAUAAGAUUAUAUUUUAAUAAAGUUUUAGGUUAUGUACAUUUAUACAACUUUAACCAUGAAAUUAAUUGAGCUAAUUCAGUUCUUUAAAGAUGAAUUUUACUCCAUUUGGUACAACAUUCAGCAGUAGUUUACCGAAUGCUGGUGCAGUAGCACAAUUUACAACUGCUAAAUUUGCACACCAAGUCAGUGGCGGCGGUGGUCAGGUCUUAGGGGUUCUUUCUGCAGAUGAAGCUGGUGUAACAUAUCUAAGGCCAGUUGAUGCAAAUGGUCUUACAUUUAAUAUUCAACAAGCAACUGGAAAUGCUACUGAUGGUAGUCCUCAGAUUAUCACUUUACCUAUUAGCGUGCCUGGAGCUAAACCAGGAGAUUUGCCCCAACAACAGACAUUGCAAAUUCAAGUUGUGAAUCCUAAUCCUGGAGCUGGUGGUGGAUCUGAAAAAUAUGCCUUGCCAAUAUCUCUACAACCAUUCCAACAGGGUGGUGCUACUGUUCUAACCGUCGCUUAUUCCAAUCCUCACCAUGAACAAGGAGAGGCUAUUCAAUUGCAGCUUCAAGCUGAUCCCUCAGAAGUCUCGAACACCAACAGUAAUAACAAUAACAACACAACAGGAAGUAGCGGAGAUAGUGCCUCAGACGACACCAUUCGGUGGGAUGGUGUACAGGUACUGCCAGGCGAUGUCAAAGGUAAUGGAGAAGAGAGUGGUGAGACUCAAGCAUAUCCGGUUGCAGUUGUUACUCACCUUCUCCAUCGAGCGUCUACGGAAACUAUUACUGCUGACAAAGAAGACCAGUCUUCGCAAACAAAUGACAAAGAAAAAGCUGAUCAAGUAAAAAGAGAAGGAGAAUCUGCUGCAGAAAAUUUUUCUAGUGGAGAAGCGAGCAGUGGUGGUGCUAACAGUGGUGGAGCAAAUGCAGGUCAGUGGCAGUCAGUGUCCGUCCCAGUUCCAACGACAGCCAUGGCCGACUAUCUCUCCCGAAUCCCUCCUGCUUCUCUUCCACUUUCUCUACAUCAUUUCUUGAAAUUUUCUGCUGAAACAAUCAAGCGAGAAUCUGCCAUCGAAUCAUCACCUUUGGCUGACCCUGGUCCUGAUUCUGGAGCACAGGAUGAGCUUGAGGAUACUCAGUCUUCUCAGCAAUUAGCAGAUGUGGAUUUAGAGGAGAAUAAAGAAGGAAAAAAGAAAAAAAAAUAUAAGAAAAAGGCUCCUAAGCCCAGACGACCAAGACCAGGCCAAGUUCAAAUAGCUGUGGCAUUAGAUGGGACAACGCUAUUUUGUUGCCCCGAAUGUAAUAUGGCCUAUCCUGAUAAGGAGAUGCUUGAACAGCAUUUGGUAGCUCAUAAAAUAGAGCGCAGAUUUAUUUGCGACAUUUGUGGAGCUGGUCUCAAAAGGAAAGAACACCUUGAGAGGCACAAACUUGGACAUAAUCCAGAGCGGCCUUAUAUUUGUUCCGUUUGUUGUAAAGGAUUCAAACGGAAGGAACACCUUAACCUUCAUUUUGUGAUCCAUUCUGGUGAAAAAAGUGAAGUAUGUCCUGAAUGUGGAAAAGGUUUCCAUAGAAAAGAUCACCUGAGGAAACAUGCAAGGUCCCACCUCGCAAAACGAGUGAAAGAAGAAACAGUUGUCGGUGUGCCUGGAAUUGAAGAAGGUCUAGGUGAUGUCGGUGAUACUCAAGAUUCUGUUCAGCAUUGACAAGAGCAGUAAAGUUGGUGUGCUGAUGUGAAGCGUUUUUUCUUCUUCUACACACCAGCAGUCCAUAAACACUUUUUAAAAGUGCACAGUGGUCAGAGAAUGCCUAAAAAUUUAAUAUUUAUGGAUGGAUUAAAAAAAUAUAUAAAUUGUGUGCAUAAUAGAUAAGUAAAUAAUAAAAAAAAUCUCUUUUAUAAUAGAGGUUUUUCCCUCAAGUUCGAAUAAGACAUUGUUAGGGGGCUACAUUUUGUACAAAAAAAUUAAUAAUUUAAAAGAAAAUCUGCAUACAAAAAAUUGAUUAUGCUGUCAAUACUAUGGUAUGAAAUAUUUUUUGAGCAUUAAAUACAUUUUGCUCCUCACAAGUUUUAAAUUUAUUACAUCUGACACCUUAAUUAAUGUUUUGUUGAAAGUUUUACUUAUGAGAAGACCAAGUUCUAUCCUCAGAAUUGAUCACUGAAAUCAAUUGUGCUGUUAACUAACCUCCACUUGUGAAUAUUAUUUAUCUAUGUUAGAAUAUUAAAUAUAUUUUGUUUUAAUUAAAGAUUCAGAACAAUUUCAUGUUAAUUUCUGGGACUAGGAAACUGUCCUUUUUAUUAAAUUACUAUUAAUUCAUUAUAAAUUUCUAGUGUCUGAGCUUUCAAUGUAUUUUGAAUACAACUGCCAAAGAUAUUAAGAUUUUAUUUUGUACAAAUCUGAUGCAUUGUAAUUUGAUGGCAUUUAUUUUCAAAUAAACACAGAUUAAAUUUUUUUUAAAUGAUUUUUAGUAUUCCAAUUUUUUUUUUUUUUUUUUUGUUAAAUUUAACAUAUGUGACAUCUCUGUCCGUUCUUGUUGAUGUCAAAUUAAUAUAAAUAAUUAUUUCAGACUGGAUUCUUUAGUAAUCUAUAUCUUAUUCUUUACAGCAUUAGCAAUUUUGAUUUUUGUCUGUAAUUUUAGAUAAAGUUUAAAUAUAUAUUUUUUAUGCUUAUGUAUUCCUUAAGGGAAUAAUUACAUCAAUUGUAAAUAAUAAUUUUAUCUUGCAGACUUAUAUAUUUAAUAUUUGUUUUGUUAUAAUUGAUUAAAGAAAAAGUUACGUUUCGUACGUAAUUCAAAUAUUUUUAUUUGUCUUCCUUGUACGUCAAAUGGCCCCCUUUCCAAAUUAUUGAAUUUGUAGAUUUUGAAUAAGACUUAAAAGCAAGAAGUUAUGUACAAUUUCACUUAUAAAUGGAAAUUAUGUACACUAUUUAAUAUUGUUAAAAUGAAGUUAUAUUUUUAUAACAAAGUACUUUGUAGGUAUAACAAUUUAUUAAUGUAAUAUAAAUUUUGCAUUGUUUUUCUUUAAACUCUGUUUAGGUGUUUUAUAUUAUAGAUUAUUAUGGGAAUUGCAGUGUAUAUAGUUCUUAAAUUGUUUUUCUUUCCGCAUUUACUUAAUCUUGUACAAAUGUUUAUUUUUUAACUGUAAUAUACUUGAGGUUGAUUGAUGUUAAAAUCUAUUUGUUGGGGAAAAUAUGGCAGCAAAAAAGUAUUGAGUACCUUGUAAUUAAUAGGUGUAUAAAGUUUUAACAGUCUUUUAAACUGAUAGUUAUCGCUGAAUGAAAGGAUGUAACAUAGUUUGUGUUUAAAUGUUUGCUAUCGCAGUUCUGCUUAAGAUCCAAUGUGCAGUAUGUAUAAAUAGGCAAAAUUUAAUUAAAAAUUAAAUAUAGAUUUAUGUUGUUCUGGUUUUUACAUAGUUAGUAUUCUAUUUAUUAUUGUUAUUCUUAUGUAUAUAUUAGUUUAAUAGCACACGUACGAGAAUAGUUGUUGGUUAUUUUUCGAACAAAGUAUUGGUUGGCUUGGGUGCCCAUUUGAAAAUUUUAAAGAAAAGAAAACAUUAGUUUGUUACUUCAUACUUAAUUGAUGAUUGAUAUUUCCUAUUUCUCAUAUUCACACAUUAAAUAUAGACAGAAGGAAGUUAUUAUUUUAUUUUAUUAUUAUUAUUAUUAUUUUUUCUUGGAAACAAUUAAAUUGUUUGUGUUUAGAUUAAUAUUAGCUUAAAUAUAUGUUUUCACAUAUAUUUGUAAAUGUAUGCUUUCUUAAAUUUAUAAUUUGAUUAUUAUCCUAUUAUAUUUUUCUAUAAUAUUGUAUAUUUGUUGUAUAAUUAUUUUAUUUGCACCAAAAUAUUAUAUAAUCUUCUAUUUCUAACAUUAUUAUAUGAAAAAGUUUAUUUAAUUUCUAUAACACCUACCUUCAAGUAGGUUUUAAAUUAAAGUAUGUUUAUGACACGUAAGAGGACUGGGACCAAAAUAUAUAUUUUUUUUAUUUAUUUUAAAAAGAAAUGUAAAUUAUUCUGCUUACAACUUUUAUUUUAUUUUACCAGCAAUGUCAUUAUGUAGUUGAAAAUCAUUAUUAUAUUUUAUUUGAGCAUUAUAAAUUCUUGUUCAUAAUUCAAAGUUAAUACUUACAGAUUUAAAUGAGGCUUUUCUUCAAUUUUUGUCAUUUCAAAACAGUUCUAUAAAGUCUUUUAAAAUAUUUUAUUUAAUAUAAGUCAAAUGGCACCCUAGCUUUUGGUGCUUUGUACCUACCUACCUAGGUUUCAAUAAUUAUUUUAUUUACAAAACAGAUGAUAAACAAUUUUAUAAUUUUUCAAGAAUAUUUUCUCCCAAUGUCCCACAUGCAUUUUCUGUUUCAAGGUUCUUCAUUCGAGAAUAUAUAAUUUGAAAGUUGUGUUUUACCAGUUUGGCUGCUAGGCUAGGACGAGUCGACAAAUUUCACAGGAAAGUUUUAAUUGCACUGAAACAAUCGAUAAGGGAUAAAUUAAUUCACAUUUUAUCUUGGAAGAUUUGAUCAUUAUUAUAUUUCUUUUUUUUAUUUAAAGCUACCUGGAUAAGAGCAGCACUUGUAGUACUUUUUAAUUAUAAAAGUUUUUUCAAAGAAAAACAAAAAAAAAGAAAAAUAAAUAUUAUUUUUAUAGUUUUUUAAGUGUUGCAAAUACAUGAAAAAAGAAUCCACACAGGCUUUUAAUUUUUACAUGAUAAAUUAAGCCUGUUAUAUUUAUACUUAUACCUUGGCUAAUCGCAGUUAGAUUAAUUACAAUCUCAAUUAUAUUGUAUAUCAACAAAUGGGUAAGGUCAUAAUUCUUAUUUAAUUAGAUUUUUAAGAAACCAAAAAUUUAAGAGAUUAAUAUUAUUUUGUAAAAUAAAAAUUAUUUUAUCCUAUGACAAUGUAAGGAAGGAUUUUUUAAUUGAUUAUUAAUUAAUAAAUAACUUUAUGGAA